AAGCCAGCGGUUACCGUUGGGAGCGCGAGAGAGUCCGGUGUCCGUGUGAUCAUGGAAGGAAAUAAACCACUAACGGCGCAAGAACAACUCAAGCAGAAGCUUCUUGAAUACCUGGCUGCCAAGGGGAAGCUGAAACCUCAGAAUAACCCAAAACCCUACCUGAAGGAUACCACCAAUCUUCAAAAGAAACCACUGGCUCGUUCUUCUAAACCUACACAGGUUUCUAAAAACAAGGAUGUUGUUCUCAGGGAUACAAAGCUGGUCUUCCAAGGACAGAAAGUUAAACAAGCAAGUAAUAUCACAGUUCAGCAACGACCAAGAGCAGCACCUCAAAAAAACCUAACAAUCAUUAAACAACCUGGGGGUGCCAAGUUACUCACUGGUACCAUACCUACAAAAGUAAAUCAGACUGAUACUAGGAUUGACCAGCAAAAGAAUGAAGCUGACUGUAAAACACAAAAAAGCAAAGUGUCUGCGGUUUCACUUCCCACAAACUGUGCAAAGGAGCCGGAUGUUGAGGAAGAGGCAAGCCAGGGAGUUUUAGAGGCUGAUAUCAAAGAGGGCUCUGUUAAUGUUGAUGCCGAUAACCGUGAAAUCAGUCCAAUAAACAUUGAGACUGAACGUGAUAAUGCAUUUAACGUAAAGCAGAAUCGGCAGCAAACACGUAGGAUAAUUCAGUUGAAAUCCUCAGCAAAUCAUAUGAAGAAGAAAUCAGACAAUUCUGAUAGAGUUGCUUUAACACUUAGAAACCCAAGCAAUACCAAACAAACUUCUUCUUGGAACAUUCCAAGGUCUGCUCCUCUUGCUACAAACACCCAGAAAACAUUGAAUAAACCUACUGUGAAGGCUCAAAGUGGAAAUACUUGCACAGUAUCUAGAGGCAGCCAGCUUGCAUCGCAACCCAUUGUUGGCACCAGGAGAUCCUACAAGAUUGUCUUCUCUAGAUCUGAAUCGUUAAAUCCUAAAAUUACUAACUGUGUAAGCAAAGCCACUGGGACAGUGUGUGCGAUAAAACAAAACCAUUUUAAUCCCAGCACAAACUUGAAAGCUUCUUCAAUCAAUGGGCCAAGACAGCCAAAAUUAACAACCGUGACACAAACUGCACUAAACAAAGAGCGCUUUAACUCACUAAGUAAACAAACAGCAAAAACUCAAGUCUCAAAGAUUGUCUGCAGGACAUUACCUACCAAACUCCAGACUAAGAGUAGUGCUACUUGCAUUGAACCUUGGUUUAAAGCAAGAGGUGAAACAGUGUCUUCAAGGAGUCAGACACGGAACAGUAAAACUGUGCGUGCAAAAGAAAAUGGUCACCCAGAAACUGCCAGUAAUGUUACAAACAAGCUGUGUGUAACACCAAAGAUGGCUACUGAAGAUCGCAAGAAGCAGUUGGAAGAAUGGCUAAGCACAAAAGGAAAGACCUACAAGCGCCCACCUAUGUCUGUGACUGUCAAGAAGACCGUGAAAAGUAAGAAGCGUGACAUUCACAACUCUUCUCUGUGGGCAGAAAUAGAAGAAGAGGAGGAGCUCUUACAUUUGUCCGAAAGAAUCAACAGUACCCUUAGCGAAUGCUUGGCUCUUAUUCAGCAGGGUGUACCCUCUGAGGACAUACAUGUUACCUUGGGCAAGGUUCCUCAGGCAAAGAAGUUUGCAAGAUUCUGGGUCUGUAAAGCCAGACUUCUUCAGAGAGAUGGAAUCUUUGAUGUUAUUGAUUUGUACGAGAAGGCAGUAAAGUCUGGAGCUUCGCCAAUUGACGAGCUGAGAGAUGUUGUAUUUGAUAUCUUGAAAUCUACAAACAACAAACCAAAAGUUGUCCGUUUUCAAACUGAUUUAGCCGUUGAGCGUCAUGGCGAUGAGCCUGUAGAAUGCUGCACUAAUCAGAAAAGCACAAGUACCAAGAUAAACAGAGUAUCUACACCUUUCAAAGCUGUAGCCACCAGUGAGCAUGGUUCUGCCGUCAAGUUUCAGGUGGUUUCCAGCAAAAAGAAAGCGCCUGCCAGCCAAGAGUGGAAGUUCCUAACCCCUAUACGGAGGUCUUUACGGAUCAACCAGGCAAUGUCUUGCUAUCCAGAAACCUUGAAGGAACAUGACACCGUAGUGGCCUCACUUACAGAGCUGUUGGACACAGCAGAUACAGAUGCCUACCUGUACACAAGAAAUGAAGCUCUACCAGAGGAGGCAGACUUACACCUUCUUGAACUGAUGAUAAAGCAAGACUCUACCGAACAGAGUGAAGGACCAGUAUGACAUACCCCCGAUACCACUUAUGGCUUGUAAAAGAAAGUACAGUGCACUGGCUGUCCAUGCAUCUAUGUACUCUGAGCAUCUGUGUCCAGGUUGCCUGCAUUACCUGCUGCGGGUUGCACGAAAUGUAUAAUUUGGCUUGUUAAGAAUCUAGGCUUACUUUAUUUUGUAAUUAUUCUAUUUCUGUGCAACUGGACACCAGUGAGAAAGUCCAUAAGCCAGAAAUACCAGUUCACGCUAACAUCUCUUUUAUCUAGCAGAUGGUUUUGCUAACGGACUAUGUCAAGAAUUUACUGGUAUGGUGUUUGCUGCUUUCUCUUUCCAGAUUUGGAUUGAGACUAAAAUAAUUUACUUUGCACAUAUACAUGGUCUUCUUAGCCCAGUUAGACUACUAGCAAAUUUGGUAAUUUUUACCUUCCAUCAACCGGCUGCCAAUAUGAGUAAAAUGUAAGAUUUGAGUCUUAAGACUUUGGAUCUUCAGUCUCUCUCUAUUAUGUAACCUUUCCACCGCUUUCUUCAAGCAUGCAAUAAUUACACCCAUCCUAUGAAAUAUUCUCGUCUAACUGUAUCUAAAUUCAAUCUCAUCGCUUUUAUUCUAUUUAGCAUGGAGGUUGCUUGAGUGGUUUGUAAUAUACCAGACUAACUCUCUUCGUUCCAACUCUCCUCAGCCGUCUUUAGUCUUGAUUACAAACUCGGGACUAUUGCUCGCUGUCUCUUUCUGGUGACCUUAACCUGUCAUUUGUUCAUACCCACAUCUGCAACUCCCACUUAUAGAAAUACUGUUGGUCUGCAUUUUUCUUGUAGAAAGCCAUUGUCUUGGUCACUUUAAAAUGCCCAUGUAAUUUCUCUCUCUACUGCAGUCUACCUUUAACACAAAUUCUUUACUUUUCUCUCUUUUUGCCCUUUGCCACAUUACUGUAAAGGUACUCUCCGCAUUUUAGUUAAAUUGAGAUUACAUACAUGUCAAUUUCACAUACUUUUAACCUUUCACCUUGCUUUUAUCCUCUUGUGUAAUUGUUUUAUAUGUCCUCUAGACUGAACAGGGCUGUCCAUAUCUCCUGUUCUCACCGUGUCUCGCGAAUACCAUGCCUCCACCCCAUUGAAUAGCUCUAAAAUAUUGCGCUCUGCAAAUGUAAAAUAAUAAUGUUUACUGUGCAGUGUUAUGAAUAUUAAAUAUGUCCCAUGUUAUUGUGGGCAAUAAACUAUGCGAAAAUAUAUAUUUAACAAUUUCACUCUAUUGAGUGUUUUUUUUUUUUUUUAACUUACCUUAUUUAUUUACGUGUCUGCACUAAUUGUUGUAUUUAAUGGCCAAUACAUUCUUAUAGUAUGUCCAAUGUUCUUGAAAUUAUAGUUUCAAGAUAAAACACAACUGCUUCAUGUCAAGUGGAAGUAGGGGCUGACUACCCCCAUUGAACCGGUGUGCAGUGUAAAUCUCUGUACAUAUACAUACAAGAAAUACUGUAAGAGAAUUGGUGUGAAGUGUACAGUAUGUUUUAAUGCCCAAAUUUUUACGUACCUCUGUCUAU